CUAUGCUAGUAGUAGUCCUUUAUACAAAAUAAAAAAUUGUAAUAUUUAUCGGCUCUUAUUUUUUACUGUAAGGUCUACAAUGCGCGUUGUUAAUAUUUGUACCGCAACACAAGAACGAUCUCCCGGGACGGUUUGUUUGAAAAUGGCUGCCACUAUCUCCAGCGUACAGUGUAUGGGCAAAAUAACUGAAAACGAAAUGCAGCGUCAAACGGACGUUAUUACAUCAAUUAAGCCUAUUGCACUUCCAAAGGGUGUGAAAAAACUAUGUGAACUUUGCAAGAAGCCAGCCUUUAUGCAGUGUUUACAAUGUAGAGUUACUUUUUACUGUGGAUCAGAUCAUCAAACAUCAGAUUGGGAAGGAAUCCAUGAUCAAAUUUGCACGCAGUUAAUUCCACUCCGAUCUCCAGAGCCUCACUUCAGCACAGAGAGCAAACGGAAAGAGCAUGCUGAUGAGCUAUUUCAACAAAAGAGGCAACUGCUGCAAUUGACCAGGGCAGUGGGACAGAAGCUGCUUUUUGAAGGCAAAGCUGAGAAGGCAAUACCAGCUGUACUUCAGUCACUACAUUUUGCUAUAGAGGUGUAUGGACUGAGCAGCAUAGAGCUGGUUACAUCGUACCUCAUGCUAGCGGAAGCUUGCAUCGGCCUUCAUAGACUGAAGGAAGCAGAGGACUACUUGUCCCAGGCGCAGUGGACCGUGCUGAUGGUGCCUGACUGCGAUUACCGCAUCAAGUCCCAGGUGCACCGGCAGAUUGGGAGGCUGUGCGAAGUGAAGGGAGACUAUGAGGAAGCGCUUCGCCACCUGGCGGAGGAUGUUUACCAUUGCUCCAUUGUGACAUCAACAGAUGAUGUGGAGACAUCAGGAGGCUACUUUCACAUGGGAAAUAUAUUUUUAAAACUAGGGAAAACUGACAAGGCAGAAACUUUGUAUUAUAGGGUGCUGAAAAUUUGGCAUAAAUAUCUGACUGGAAUUGUCACAUUUAACGUGGAGGAGGAGGAAAAAUCAUCCAGCCUGUUGACAUCUCCAAAGAUGAUUAACCUGGGGAAGGCGCAGGAGGCUGAGGCCGUGAAGGUGCUGUCUGCCAUUCACGCGUGGUACAGUGAGAUGUCCGACCGACACCAGCUGGAGUUCUCCUACAGCUGCAAGACGCAGGCCCUACUGAACUUCGUUAUCGGCGACCGCUCGCAGGCGAAGGUAUGCGCAGAGAGGGCGCUGGAGGCACUCGGCGACGACGAGAAGAAGCAGCAUACGCGUCGAGCGAUCGCCAGCUUCCUCAACCUGUGCCGCACGACGCCACAACCCUCGCUCUCUCGCCGAUAGCCACGUUGACCCGUCACGUCGCCGUGAACAUUUUGUUACAAAGGAACUUCUAUUUCGUGACGACAUAACUUUUAGGCGUGUUAUGUGAAAUGCUCGCAAGUGAUGUGAGAAGAAUGUAAGUGACGCCGUUGUCGAUAGCCACGUGAAAAUUGUGUGUUUCUUCGUCACAAAAUCUGCACAGCGGUGAUCGUUCUCGGUGCAUGCAACCAACUCACAUUUGCGUUUGAAAAUGAUUCGUUAGCUUCUCUAUAGAAAUGAAUCUAGAUUGUUCAUCUAUAGUCAUAUCCUUUUAGGCUGAAAUGGAUUUUGUAUCACCUUUCAUAUUUACAUUAAAAUGCAUCUAUAUUUU